AUGCGCGAACUCGACAGUAAGGCACUAGCAGUAGCAGAGGCAUUCAAGCAGGGUUUGUUCACCGUCACAAAAACCCGUCGAAGAUUUUCUUGUAUAGCUAUUGAUCAGGCCCACGAGCAGAACAAUGCGAUGGUCAAGGAUGACGGAGGGGCUGUGGGUCUGACAGAGAAUGCCAGCGCACUUCGCAGGUGGAUGCUAUCCGGUCCUGAGAUGGCACGGCUAGUCAACGAGUUCGAGGCAUGCAUGGCACCUGAAGUUAGACCUGAAACAAACAACCAUCAUGAAGCUGAGUGGGGUUAUCAAGCAGCACACCACAAAGAUGUCAGGUCACUCGUGGAUGUACUUGACGAACUUGGGAACCCUUUUGAAGAAGAGGGCAAAGACCUGAUCGUGUUAGAUACAAAGGUGGUGGCAGACGAAGGAGGAGUAUCAAGAAUGCUGCAAAUAGAGGAUCUUGGCGUAAAGCAGUGUGACACCUUCAUUUCAGAGCGCCUACUGCAGCGGACGAAGACUCUCGAUGACCCUGUUAGUAGAAACAAGCUCUCCUUCUUUGAAACUCCUUCCAAGAAGAAAAUUUCAAAGGCUCAACAGCAGCUGUCCUCUAUGAAAAGCGACUGUUCUCUUUUUUCACGACUGUUUAUUGCAUGCGAGCAGAAAUGGUAACUUGGAUGAAUUUUUUAAACAUGAAAAUCAAGCAUGCCCCCCCUCGAUAUCUGAUCAAGGAAAUUUGCGCCUCCCUCGACAAAAGUCUGAGUUAGCCUCUUGUCUUCAAGCUCUAACUACUCCCAAGAAUGCAGCCCCAGCCAAUUGUGAAGUCAUUAUUAUGGACGGAGCAGCACUGGUAAACAUGCUUAAGCCCACGGGGAAAGAGAAAACAUUUUCCGAAUAUGCCUCAAAUAAGUUUAUUCCUUAUGUCACCGCUCAGCUUCAACAUGUGAAACGCAUUGAUAUUGUCUGGGACAAAUACGUGGAGAACAGCUUGAAAGCAACAACUCGUAGGAAACGUGGAUCUGGAGUACGACAACUAGUCGCAGCUAACAAUAAGCUUCCAAGAACUGGAAAGAAUUCCUUUGUGAAGAUCGGAACAAGCAGGAGCUCUUUAGAUUCCUUGCGCAAUGCGUUACUUCUGUUAACUCGGGUCAGAGACAGAUCAUCUCUACGUAUGCAAGAGGCGUACUGA